AUGUAUGCUUGUGAAGUUGCAUUUAAUAACGCUAUCUGCAAUCUCAAUUCUAGUGUCUUUACAAGCCAGCAGAAGGCUGCCAAGGCCUAUGGUGUUGUCAAAUCCAUAAUCCAAGAGCGCCUUGCUAGUUGCCAAUCCCAUACAAUAGCUCAUCAACACCAACAACAAUUGACUCUGGAGCAGGAGGACUUCUUAGUUCAAUGGAUCCUUGAAGAUGACUCAUGUGCUCAACCUCCUACACACACCUGCAUACAAGAAAUGGCCACCUGCUUCCUACACAUGAAUCACAACUCUGUGCCUCUUGGCAAUGAGUGGAUAUCUCAGUUUCUAUCACAACAACCAUGCAUUGCCUCUGAUGUUGGCCAAACUAUCAAAACUCCACGAGCACAGGCAGCUAGUCCUGAUGUUAUACGCACCUCCUUAGAGCUGUUUGUGUAA